CAAGGCGGUUAUUCCAACCGCGGGCGUGAUAACCUUAAAGCAGCGCACUCCUCGACAGAAUGCAAAGAGGUCGAGGCCGCGGUGGUUACAGUGACCGUGGCCGUGGCGGCUAUGAUGACCAAGGAGGGGGUGGUCGGGGUUCUUACGGACCACAUCGUGGAGCCCCUCGAAUGAGCGCUGGUCCCGAUCGAUACGGGGACGACCGCCAACGGUUUUCUAGUGGACCUCCACCAAGUGCACGGGGAUACGGUGGACCCAGACCCCCAAGAGGAUCUGAUCUUCCACGAGGCGGCUCCGGACAGCGAGGAGCACCUCGAAGAAACACGGGAGAAAUGCCACCUCCUCAAUUCCCACCCCGUGGCCGAGGUCAAGCCUGGCAACCGAGAGGCGAUAUCGGAGGAGAGCAGCAAACCUCCCUCGGGUUAGAUGAUUUCCCGCCUCCAACGUCUGGUGAGAAACUAGUGGGGCAAAGUAGAGAGACGUCAAGUGAACGCGCUCCAUCCGAAAGGUCUGUAAGUUCUGACCACAGAAAACCUUCCGAUGCUGACUAUGCUCACAAGCCUGACGGCAGUGGUGAUCGCAUUUCCCCCUCUGCAAGUAGUGACUCUCUUUCUGAACCGGCACGACAGAAGAAAAGCCACCCGAUUCUACGGCCAGGAAGCGAUUUGGUCGGUGCACUCGCCAAGCUGAGCAUGCAACGUUCGAUACACAUUCCAAGCAGGCCAGAUAAAGGAGGGUCGAGCGGUCAGCGCUGUGAAGUUGUUGCCAACUGUUGGGAUUUGAAUUUGCUUAGCAAGUCUGUCCUGAUGUACUUCAUUGAACCCGUGGCCGUUUACCGUUUGGAUAAAGAAAAAAAGAAGGUGGAGUUGAAUUUGCCUCCUAAGGAAAAACGAGCACUGCUACAACAAGUUGUCAAUGGUUUACACCGAGAGGUCAUCUAUGAUGGUGGUCAUGCCAUUUACUCGGAAAAGCCCAUUCCAGGAGUCACGAAAGAUGGUGUGACAAGACAAAUAAACAUUCUUGAUCCACUCAACCGUGAUGAGUUACUGCUAGAUUAUAGGAUCAUGGAAGUCCAGACCGUCCACACCAGCGAUGUAGCCAAUUUCAUCACCAAUUCCAAAGCUACUUCCUUGGAUAUGCCUCAGGAUAGCAUUCGCCUCCUCGACUGCAUAUUAAAAACCAUAUGUAAGGGGUCUUUUGAAUCUUUUGGACGUGCCGCGCUCUUUUACACUGAUCCUGUAAAAGUAGUGCAUGACAAAUUGUUCUCCAUCCACAAGGGAUUCAUCACAAGUGUGAGACCGCAGUGGAAAGUCCGAGUCAAUAUCGACAUGACUUGCAAAGCCUUCUUCACCAGUGGGAAUUUGGCAGACGUCAUGUAUGAGAAGUAUGGAGAUAACAUUGUGAAUUGUUCUCGUCAGAUGGCGAUGGAUCUUCGACGCAUACGAGUAGAAACGAUUCCCUUCUACAAAAAUGACGCUGGUGGCAAGUAUUCUCGACGUUUCACAGUUCAUGGGCUGUCUUCUGAGUCUGCAGCGACUUUGAUGAUUACAGAUGUGAACCAGACCGUUGCCGACUACUUCGACAAACAUCACAAUAUACGACUGAAAUACCCAGAAUUGCCAUGUGUGAAAGUGAACCUGAGUCGUGACGUGUUUUUGCCUAUGGAACUCUUGAAUAUUAUCCCCUACCAGGCUCCAAAUGCCAAAAAGAGCGAAAUCGCGAGUGAAGUCAUUCGUUGUGCCGCGAUCAGGCCGGAGGAACGUUUCAGAGAGUUAGAUAAUUUCGUCAAGGAGAUAAUAAAAUCUUCGCAUCCUCUGGUGAAGGAAUUUGGUAUUCAAGUCGAUCCGAGACCACUGAAGAUACCGGCUCGCGUUCUGGAUACUCCUUCUGCAAGUUUUGGGCGUCAACAGUCCCAAUUGGGUCGCGGGAAAUGGGUGGCUCCAGCCUUCUUCCACCCGGCAAGCGCUGACGGAGUCAUCAAUUGGGCUAUUUUGUCCUUACCCGGUGAUCGAAAUGCCCAACGCCAUCAACAAAUGCUGGCGACGCAGCUUCCCUCAACCGCUCAACGCUUUAAUGUUAUGAUGAACCGCCCAGAAUGUGCAAUCAUUCAAAGAGCUGAUUUGCAGCAUCAAUUCCAGAAACUCAUUAGCCGAGGUAUCCACUUCAUUCUCUUGGUGUUGUACGAUGACUUGAACUACCCGACAAUCAAGCGUUUGGGCGAUUUGCAAACCGGUAUGAGAACGCAGUGUGUGAGAGGUCGGACCUUGGAUAAACCCAACGUGAUCCCUAACCUUUUGCUGAAAAUCAACGGCAAGCUUGGUGGGAUCAACUGGCAGAUUACCGAUGUUAUGAGGAAUGACGAGCUCGUUAUGGUGUUUGGUGCCGAUGUCACACAUCCAGCUCCCACACAGACUCAGCAAGUUAGACAGUCCAUUGCUGCGGUGCUUGGAAGUGUUACCCCUGACUUGAUGCGCUACGCUGUUGUAGUGCGUCAGCAAGCCACAACAGAAAAGGGGAAUAAGACUACACGUGAAAUUAUUGACUCAAUGGAUUCGAUUGUUGGUGAGCUCCUAAAAGCUUUCUGCCGUAACACCAAUGGUCGUUUCCCAACCCGGCUUAUCUUUUAUCGCGACGGGGUUUCUGAGGGCCAAUUCGAAAAUGUUCUGGUGGAAGAGCUCGCUUCAAUACAACGAGCGUGCACUGCUCUCCGUCCUGAUUACGAACCUGCUAUCACUUACAUAGUGGUACAGAAGCGCCACCAUAUUCGUUUUCGUCCCAUGAAUCCUCGACAACGCAAUGUUGACCCGGGUACCGUAGUCGAUACUCACGUGACACACUCCCGUGAAUUUGACUUCUACCUCUGUUCUCAAGAGGGCAUUCAGGGUAUCCACUUCAUUCUCUUGGUGUUGUACGAUGACUUGAACUACCCGACAAUCAAGCGUUUGGGCGAUUUGCAAACCGGUAUGAGAACGCAGUGUGUGAGAGGUCGGACCUUGGAUAAACCCAACGUGAUCCCUAACCUUUUGCUGAAAAUCAACGGCAAGCUUGGUGGGAUCAACUGGCAGAUUACCGAUGUUAUGAGGAAUGACGAGCUCGUUAUGGUGUUUGGUGCCGAUGUCACACAUCCAGCUCCCACACAGACUCAGCAAGUUAGACAGUCCAUUGCUGCGGUGCUUGGAAGUGUUACCCCUGACUUGAUGCGCUACGCUGUUGUAGUGCGUCAGCAAGCCACAACAGAAAAGGGGAAUAAGACUACACGUGAAAUUAUUGACUCAAUGGAUUCGAUUGUUGGUGAGCUCCUAAAAGCUUUCUGCCGUAACACCAAUGGUCGUUUCCCAACCCGGCUUAUCUUUUAUCGCGACGGGGUUUCUGAGGGCCAAUUCGAAAAUGUUCUGGUGGAAGAGCUCGCAUCAAUACAACGAGCGUGCACUGCUCUCCGUCCUGAUUACGAACCUGCUAUCACUUACAUAGUGGUACAGAAGCGCCACCAUAUUCGUUUUCGUCCCAUGAAUCCUCGACAACGCAAUGUUGACCCGGGUACCGUAGUCGAUACUCACGUGACACACUCCCGUGAAUUUGACUUCUACCUCUGUUCUCAAGAGGGCAUUCAGGGUACAUCUAAACCGGCUCACUACCACGUGCUAUACGAUGACAGCAACUGGACUUCAGACGCAUUGCAGCGCUUCACAUUUUUCUUGUGCCACGCUUACAUGCGUUGUCCCCGCAGCGUAUCCUAUCCUGCACCAACUUACUAUGCCCAUUUGGCAGCCUUCCGCGCACGUGAUUGGGUUUCGGAUCUCGAAAAACCAGGCGUGCUUCUCAAGGGCGGUCGUUUUUGUGUCCACGAAAGCCAGAUAACAGGGAUGUAUUACUUAUAAAUUUUGCACGCUUUUUGUAACCAAUAAAGAUUUACAUUUUCUAC